GGUAUUAUGACUAAUGUUUUACUGUAGUUACUCAUGAUAUAAUUCUUACCUCAAUUGUAGCCUAUUUAAAAAUUUAACGUAGUUUACGUGAAUUAAGACUAGUUUGUGAACGGUCCAAUCGUGAUGAGAUGAAAUGGGUUUGUUACAAUGGUUCAAUCGCAGAAAUAAAUUUGAAAAAUGUUUGGUGUGUUGCAUCCUAGGAUUAACACUAGUAAUUAUUAUUCUGUUUAUUUGUUUCCUCACAUCUCACGAUAACAGAGUAUGUCUGAAACCCGAAUGCAUCCGCGGGAGCAUUCAUAUUUUGGAUUCUAUUGAUCCCAUUGUCGAUCCGUGUGAAGACUUUUAUGCAUUUGCCUGCGGUCAAAUGAAUCAAACAGACAAGCCCACUGAUCAUGCAUCUACCUUGAAAAGUUUGAGAACAUUAUCGAGUUAUAGGUUAAACAAAAUUGUGGGAGAAACAAACAUUAGUGAAGGCGUACCGAAAAGUUUAGCAUUCCAACGAACUUUCUAUAAAGCAUGCAUGGAUACGAAAAAAAUUGAUGAGGACGAGAACAGGACUUUUUUGAAAAUCUUGGACGAGUUAAUGGAAGGAUGGCCGCUGUUAAAGAUAGGCAAAUGGAAAGGAGAACAUUUUGUUUGGCAGAAUAUCAUGUUGAAAGCCAGAAAGUUAGGAUUAUAUCACAAUUUAUUUUUUAGGGUGGAUACUUUUGAGAAUAGUACAAAUGGCAAAAUGAUGUUAUGGGUUAGACCAAUUGAUGUGGCGCAUUUAGCUUCGACACAUUUCACAGAUAGUAAUUUAGACAAGAUACUAGAAAUAUUGAAAGAUUUGGGAGCUGAUAGUGUUGAUGUAAUACAUGAUUUGAGAGCUACGAUAACUUUUGCAGAAAAACUCACUGAUAUAGUAUUAAACCGAACAAAUGAAACAAUUCUUGGCUCCAGCAGCGAACGAACAAAUAUCACAAUUCAAAAUAUUAAGAAACAUUACAUUCGUAUAGACUGGGUGAAUUAUUUGCAACAUAUUACUGGCAUACCCAUCAAGGGAAGUGAUCAGAUUGUAUCUGAUAUAGACGAAUAUUUCAACGAGCUCUAUUUUCUACUACAGGCGACAGAAAAACGGAUCCAAGCAAAUUAUGUGGGAUGGAUAAUAUUGUCUACAAAUAUAAAUUUCCUAUCAACAAAACUCAGGAAGAAAUAUGAUCAGAUACUGAAAUCAUCAAAUGUUACCCUUCCCGUGGAAACUAGAAGUGACCGAUGUUUCCAAUUGAGUUUGGGAUUGUUCAAGUGGACUGCUGAAGCAGAAUAUGUGAGACGAUAUACAACUUUAGAAAAGAAAACAAGAGUACAAGUUAUGGUAGAUUAUAUCAAGUCUGAGAUGGAGGAAUUAAUCGAAACUUCCGAAUGGAUGGACGAAAUAAGUAGAGAGAAUGGUCUUAAGAGAUUAUAUAACAUCACUACACCAAUUGGAUGGCUUGAUAUUGCUUUUAAUGUAACAAAACUGGAAAAAUUAUUGGGAUUUGACAAGGUAAAGCGAUGGCCUGAUUUCAAUCAAACCGCAAUGGACAUCGCCAGAAUUGGAUUGAAAAUACAAUUUGAUGUGAACUAUCGCACAGUUCUUAAUAAAAUGACUGAUAUGGAUAGUAUUGGUAUACCCGGAAAUGAAGUGAAUGCUUAUUUUGUUAGAAACUAUAAUAUAUUGAUAUUACCAACAGCAAUAUUACAAGGUCAAAUGUUUGAUGAGAAUCAACCAUAUUACAUGAAUUUUGGCGCUCUGGGUAGUGUUAUAGGACAUGAGUUAUCGCAUGGCUUCUCUCUUUACCAAAAUUCAGAUGAUUUUUCAACAAAUUACGAUAAUUCUGCACUUUGGACCAACGCUACCGCUGAUAAGAGAAAAGAAAUAGUUCAAUGUGUCGAUGAUCAGUAUAACAAAUUCCAAGUUAAACAUGGAAAAUCAAAGACAAAUCAUACGAGUGGUGAAGAAAAUAUAGCAGACAUAAAUGGAUCAAAUUUAGCGUAUGCAGCUUAUCAGAACUGGAUAAGUUAUAAUGGGGACGAACCUAGUCUCCCAGGAAUUAAGUAUACUCCGAAUCAGCUGUUUUGGAUUAUGUCCAGUACGUACAUGUGCAUAGAACCUAAUAAUGGGAGAAGUAUUAAUCAAAACCAUGGUAUGGCGGAGUUUCGAGUUAUAGAAAGACUUAGACAAUCAGCUGAUUUUGCAAAAGACUUCAAUUGUCGAGUAGGAUCGAAAAUGAAUCCAGCAAAAAAAUGUAAAAUAUACAAUUAAAAAUGUGAAAAAAAGGUUUUUAUAUCAGAAUUAUUACUAUUUUCGUAGAAAAAGAAUGAGUUAUU